AAGUUCAAUGUCAAAAUGCGAGACAGCGUAAAAAACAAAUACAUGACAGAUUCUGCUUUUCGGAGCAGGAAAAAAAAUUAUGUUGUCAAGAGGUACAGCACGGAUCCAGCCAUUCUGAACAGGCAGAAAAAGUAUGUUGUCCAGAGGUACAGGAAGGAUCCAGAGUUCAGGCUACAUCAUAUUCAACGCUGUAGCCUGCUCAGAAGACGCAGGUUGGCUGCCAAUCCUGACAUGCGUCAGAAGUUGCAGAGAGCACUGAGCAUCAGGCGGAAAUACCGACAGCUCGGAACCUCUUGCCAGCCAGUGCUCACUUCAGUGAUGGCAGCGGCAAUAGCAGAAUUCCGUGAGACCAUCAGCCAUGGACCAACAUACGUCUGUACUGUCUGCCACAGGACUAUGUUUCCAAAUCAAGUCAAGUCAUGCAAGAGAGUUAAAUACUCCACCAACAUCGACGUGGCACAGGCUUGCUUGACUGGAACAUAUGUGCAUGUCUGUGACGCUGAGUGCUCCUCCCCUUGCUCAAUGCCACCAGAGAGACUGCAGGAGUGGAUCUGCCACAACUGUGACAGCCACCUCAGUCGUGGGAGGAUGCCAACACAUGCAGUAGCGAACAAUUUAGAGUUGGCACCCAUUCCCCCGGAGUUGGCCCAACUCAACAUGCUGGAAAGACAGCUCAUCGCAAAAAUCCUCCCGUUUGCGAAGAUCAUCGCCUUACCGAAAGGACAGCAGCGAGCAGUCCAUGGAGCUGUUGUGUGCGUUCCAUCGGAAGUGGAAAGCGUUGUCAACAGUCUUCCACGUCCCCUCCCAGAAGCACAGCUACUGCAGGUGAAAUUAAAGCGUCACAUUCGAUUCAAAGGUUACCAGCACUUCUACACUGUCAACAUGAAGAAUGUGCUGGUAGCCCUGGAAAAACUCAGAGAGCAGCACUCUGAGUAUUCUGAUGUGACCAUUGAUGAACAGGCCACGUUCCAAAAUCUCCUCCACGACUCAGACAACGAGUGCACGGAUGAUGCGCAGUGGGGAGAAGACGGCAUGCUCGACGAGGAGCUGCUGGAGGCGGCUGAUAGCUACACUGAGCCAGUCUUGGCCGAUUUUGUGUCAGCCGCAGGAACGAGUCGGCCAGAAGACGACCAAACGUGCAAUACUGACAUGCCAUCACCAAGCACUGAGCUGGAAAACCGGUCCAAUAUGUCACGACAGAAACCCUCUUGGAGGAGUCUGCUGAUGACAUAG